CCGGAUCCACGUGUUUGGAGAUGGGAGAAAUGGCCACAAUACUGGAUAGAAAUGAUUCUGCAGAGAUUCAUUUUGCUCAGCGACUGGCGUCAAACCACAAACCAAUCAGGGAUAGAGCAUUGAAGAAAAUGCGAAAAUGGCUGGAAGCUAAAUCGAGUUCACAUGAAGAUGCCUUCAGUGAGUGUGACUUUGUGAAGAUUUGGAAAGGUCUCCACUAUUGUUUGUGGAUGCAGGACAAACCACUACUACAGGAGGAGCUAACUGAACGGAUCACACAGAUGGUGCAUGUGUUUGGCACUGUGGAAUGUUCAUUACUGUUCGUCAAGGUCUUCUUCCAAACGGAGGCCCGGGAAUGGGAUGUGCUUGACAAGUGGCGUGUUGACAAGUUUAUGACUUUGGUCAGAAGAAUGUUACAUCAAACGCUCCUCUUCCUCAAAAACAAGAAAUGGCAGAGGAAUGUUCUGACAGAGUUUACCAACAUUUUGAGUUCCAGUGUGAUGAGUCCAGAUAAUGAACAGAUACCUCAGGGCUUGCGGAUUCACCUGGCAGACAUUUACCUGUCAGAGCUAGAGAUAGUUGGUGCUGAACAGUUGAGUGUUGAACAGGUGCUGGCAUUCCUGGAGCCAUUCUUCCAGUAUCUUCCCACUGCUGUCAACUCCGACGUCAUGAAGAGGGUCAUUGCCAGUGUGUUUGAGGUGAUCCUGAAGCAAACACUAGACGAUGCGAUGGAGGCUGCCAAAAAGUUAAUAGAGAAAGAAGAGGAGGAGGAAUCUGAAGUGGACCUAGAUGACUUGGACAUGCCCAUCAGACUACAGUACGACUACAGUGUCAUCGCUGAUCGUCUGUUCCAACUCGGCAGUGGCAAGUUGUGUCGCACCAGAAAUCGAACCAUCAUUUACGACUGGGUGCAAAAGUUCCGAGAUCUGGAUGAGGGUGCCAUCACCAGAGAUGAAGAUAUUGCCCCUGGCAUCAGUAAGAGGCUGCGGCAGAAGAGAAAGAAAAGACCAAAGAAAAGGAAAGGAAAAUCUUCAGCAGAUUCUAACAAUUCAGAAGAAGAUGAAGAAGGGGAGGUAACACCAAACAAGAAAUGGAAAUCUGAGGAUGUGAUCAUUAAUACGGAUAAGAGUGGAGGAGGAGAAAAAACAAAGAAGCAACGUACUGAUGAAAUGUUUUUAAAUGAAUCAACACUGAGUGCAAAUGUACUCAGAAUGAAUAACAAAGGUGAAACAAAUAACAACAAUAAAAAGAAGAAGAACAAGAAAGAGCAGAUCACUUCAGAGAAAAUAUCAACAGACACUGCUGACAGUAGCUCUAAUUUGAAUGAAUCCCAGAUAGAUAACAGUACUUAUAAACUACACAGUGGAAAAAAGAAGAAGAAAGUAGCUGACAUUGAAGGUGAUGUUAUGUCACAAGUGACAAGUGCUGGUAGUCGGACAAAGAAAAAAAGAGCCAAGCAGUGGUCUGUUUCAGAUCAACCGACACCAACAGACACCUCCACUCCCUCGUUAUUUAAUGAGCCAUCAGGACUAGACAUGGAGGAGUCUGUACAGAGUCUCACAAAAGUGAAGACCAGAAAGGUGAAAAAGGGGGAUGUAGGGGCUGGAAAUUCUAAGGUGCAGAUGACAAGUGCAAAGGAUACAACUGAUAAAGAGGCUGGAACUCUUUUACAGAAAGAGGUAGAAAUCUGGAUACCAAACAAAAAGUACAAGGGAAAAAUAAAGGCGCCAUUGUCAGAACAGAAAUCUGCUGGUUCUCAGUUUGCCAAGUUUGAUGUGGGUUUAUCCACACCACCAGCAUUUCUCAGGAAAGCUAGCGCUAAGUCUACACCAAAAUCUGACAAGAAGAGGAAGGAUCCGGAGACCGAGUCACCAACCUUGUCCACUCCUGGUAGCAUGAAGCGUGUCAGUUUUAACAUGAACAAGAAUCAGGCUAAAGAGUUCUACAAAAAGACACUGAUAGAAAGUCAAGAGGAGGCCUUCAACCCGAGUAGAACACCUGACCAGGGCAUCCUGAAAUUCACACCUGAAAGUACUACAAGGUCAAAGGUCAAGGCAGCAAAGAAUAAAGAAACCUCUACACCAAGGUCAUCCAAACGCCCUAGAGCCACAGACUUCUUUUAAACCUAUUGUAAAGAAUGGGAAUUUAAGAGCUACACUUUUUAGUAAACAUACAUAUGUGUAGGUUACAGCAAGUGAUAUUGUUAGAGAAGCUUUGUUAUGAAUUUCAUUGUAAUCUUUGUAUUCUGUCUGUUUUGGAGUGAUAAGCACAUCAUGUGAUGUGUCUUUAUGACCUCUGAGCUAUUGUUAGCUCAUGAUAAAGAGUGAAAUAUUGAUACACAAAGUCUUGAGUAACAAUACUUUGACUGUAGCUUGUUUUGGAGAAGGGCUAUCAAAUUUAUUAUUUUUGUAGACUGAUGGAAUGAAAGAGAAAUGUAUACAGGGAAAAAUUCGUCAGUUUAACUUUCACAUUUCCCCCCUCCAACAUGAGGUUAAAAUGAUCUUAACAAUGAAUAUAAAUACCCAACCUACUAUAUGUAAUAAUUAAAUGUGAAGUGUCCACUCUAUACCUCAAGUAACGGAUUAACUUCAAAACUUCAUGGGAAGGUUAUAUUAAUUACCAUGAAAGCUCGGGAGCAAGUUCGACAACCAUUAUUUUCCGACAGUAAUAUACGGAGUUAUACCUCUUUAUUCAAUUUGUGUCUGCUCAAUAUCUUGAGUGAUUCUCAGCACUUGAAACUUCAUAGGAAGGUAAUUUACCAUAGGAGCCCACACAAGUUGUAUAACCACCAUUAUCUGACUGUAAUUACAGUUAUGCCCCCUGAAGCAGUUUGAAUGUAAUUAUCUUACCACAAUUGAUAAGACGUAUACCCCUUGUUUCAUUAAUGCAAUACUACAUGCAUUCUAUGAUGUUUUAUUGCACUCAUUGAUAUACCAGCAAACAUGUCAUUUUAUCCUUCUUUUGUAGUACUAUUUGGCUCAGAACAGCCAGGUUGUGGGAACAAGAUCAUGCUUUUUAUGGUUACCAGUUCCAUCAAGCGUCAAACAUCAGAAAACCAUUGUUUUCAUCUGAAAGAACAAACUUAAUUUUCUGACUGUUUUGUCUGUAUGGCAGUCCUACAGCUAGCCUUGACAUUAUAUAAGUAGCGUGUAACAAAUCUUCCCACAUGUUGUAUCGGUAGUGAACAUACAUUGUGAGUCUAUUUCACACUUUCGGUUUGUAUUGUGACUUGUUGUAAUGUGUAAGAGUAUAAUCAGUUAAUAUUAUAGACAUGUUCAUUUCCAAUAUUGCACCAGUAUAAGGUAGCUUGCUUGAUAAAAUGCUGUCAAGUCUAUUUUAAAGAAUUCUUUUUUUAAGGUCUCAUGAUAAAAUGGAAAAUAGACAAUAAGGUGUAUAGACUUGUAACGUAAGCUUGAUUACGGUCAAGUUUGUUUAAAUGAAUUUUGUUUCCACUUUUGAGGUCACAGGUAAGAACUACAGAACUGAUUUUGCUGAAAUCAAUUGUAAGAGAUUAGCGAGUGGUGCAGAAGACUGCUUGUUAUUUUGGAGCAAAUUCAAAAUCCAGUAUGGGUUUCAGUUGGUCAUCAUAACUAUUGUGAACUUUGGUUAAAUGAUCAGUACUUUAUUUGGCCAGUAUAAUUUGUUUCCCCGAAAUAAAUACAUUGUUGUGCUAAGGGGUCCAUUUGUGUAAACAGAUCGUGUGGCACCCUUAAGGCUCGGUCACACUGCCACUGGUAUAAAGGUGAUGUGGCACAUUUUCCGACCGAUCUCUUUGAAACUUGGUAUACAUUAUAAUCAUGAUAUGAAGUUGUGUCUCCCUUAUUGAAUUUUGUUUAGACAAUUUUUCCAAAAGUUAUUUGUUUAUUUCAUAUUCUACCAUAGAGCAACACACAUUCAUGAAAGCUAUGUAAUUAUUGAUAAAUAAACCUAUUAAUUGUU